UACAAUAACUUCAUCAUCUUUCCAAUAUUAAUAUUGGAUAAUGUCGGGUCAAUAUUGCCUUAAAGACAGGGAAAACCAUUCUAUGUUUUAUUUCCUGUAAACAACACAUCACGUGACCCGUGUGUCUGGAUAUAUAUGGUUCUUGUUUAUCUCAGAUAUCAUAUCUGAGCAAUUUAACGACUAAUCACAUGAAAUGUUUUCACUGUAGAAAGAGACAUGCUUCUGGCGUUUAUUCUUUCUCUUGUAGUUUUGAAGCUACACUGUUGUCAAGGAAGUUAUUACAGUGUACGUCUGGUUGGCGGAUCAUCUUUCUAUGAGGGUCGUGUAGAGGUUUUCUACAAUGGUCAAUGGGGAACGAUCUGUGAUGACCAUUGGGAUCUGAACGAUGCUAAUGUGGUCUGCCGUUCACUGGGUCUACCAAGUGCUACAAGUGCGCCACACAGCGCAUUCUUCGGCCAGGGAAGUGGUCCAAUCUGGUUGGAUAAUGUUAACUGUCAUGGAAAUGAAACUUCUCCAAGUCAAUGCUCACAUGGUGGAUGGGGAACACACAACUGUGGGCAUAGUGAAGAUGCUAGUGUUAUCUGUGGAUUACCUGCCUCGAGAACUCGUAUUAUGGGAGGAACAAAUGGAAAAAGUGGUCGUGUAGAGGUUUUCUACAAUGGUCAGUGGGGAACAGUCUGUGAUGAUUCUUGGGAUAUUAACGAUGCAAAUGUGGUCUGCCAUUCUCUGGGUCUACCAAGAGCUACAAGCGCGCCACACAGCGCAUUCUUCGGUCAAGGAAGUGAUCCAAUAUGGCUGGACGAUGUUAACUGUCAAGGAACUGAAUCUUCACUGAGUCAAUGCUCACAUGGUGGCUGGGGAACACACAACUGUGGUCAUGGAGAAGAUGCAAGUGUUAUUUGCUCCCUACCACAAUACACCUUACGUCUUGUUGGAGGAUCAAACGAAAAUGAAGGUCGUGUAGAAGUUUUCUACAAUGGUACAUGGGGAACGAUCUGUGAUGACCAUUGGGAUCUUAACGAUGCCAAGGUUAUUUGUCGUUCUCUGGGUCUACCAAGUGCUACCAGUGCGCCACACAGCGCAUUCUUUGGUCAAGGAAGUGGUCCAAUAUGGCUGGAUAAUGUUUACUGUCAAGGAACUGAAUCUUCUCCAAUUCAAUGCUCACAUCGUGGAUGGGGAUUACAUGAUUGCAGUCAUGGAGAGGAUGCAAGUGUUAUAUGCGGUUAUCCCCAAUACACAUUACGUCUUGUUGGAGGAUCAAAUGGAAAUGUAGGUCGUGUAGAAGUUUUCUACAAUGGUCAGUGGGGAACGGUCUGUGAUGACGCCUGGGAUCUUUACGAUGCUAAAGUGGUCUGUCGUUCUCUGGGUCUACCAAGUGCUACUAGUGCGCUACAAAGCGCAUUCUUUGGUCAGGGAAGUGGUCCAAUCUGGAUGGAUAAUGUUUACUGUCAAGGAACUGAAACUUCUCUGAGUCAAUGUUCACAUAAUGGAUGGCGAUCACAUGAUUGCAGUCAUGGAGAGGAUGCUAGCGUUGUUUGUGGUUAUCCCCAAUAUACGUUACGCCUAGCUGGAGGAUCAAAGGCAAACGAAGGACGAGUAGAGAUUUUCUACAAUCAGCAGUGGGGGACGAUUUGUGAUGACAGCUGGGAUCUUGAUGAUGCUGAUGUUGUCUGUCGUUCUUUUGGUUUCACAAAAGCAAUAAGCGCAGCGCACAGCGCAGCAUAUGGUCAGGGAAGUGGUCAAAUAUGGCUGGAUAAUGUUAACUGUCAAGGAACUGAAUCUUCACUGAGUCAAUGUUCACAUAAUGGUUGGGGAACACACAACUGUGGUCAUAGUGAAGAUGCUAGUGUUAUUUGCAGUAAGUUACAACAAUAUG